AUGGCAAUCGUCUUGGAUAAAAAGUGCUGUAUCUGGGUCUUGUCUCCGGAAGCAUUCUCCCUUGACUCUUGUACUUACACAGGUGUGCCUUUGACCCAAGUGAUAGACGACAUCACUCAGGUGGAAGACCGAAGGUUAGUGCCCCCAAAUAUGGAGGCAUGUCCUAGAUUCUCAUACACCGUCCACAUGGCCCAUAAACUUGCAGCAUGGAUAAUCCAUAUCGGGAGCGAAGAGUUUGUCACUUCCUUGGAGAACAGAGCCAUCAGUGAGAGCAUCCACGCAAGUUUCCUUAACUUGACCGAAUUUAGGGGAGCAGUCAUCGAGGUCCUGAUCCCGUGCCUUGUCUUUUACUUGAUGAUUUAUGAUAGGGAGUUCUCUCAAAGGAUCACAUACUUUGACAAUUUAUACGCCGCCAAAGAAACGGCCUAUGACGUUAUCCUGGACACCAUCAUGACAUGUGGGAAGGCUGGAGAACUUUACACGUUUGCCGGUCUGUCUGCUUUAGGACGAGAGUGA